AACUUUUCAAAUCUAGUGCGAUAAUUUUGCAGCAUAUGACGUCACAGUGUGCGCCACACGCUAUGUUUCCGCCGUGACGCAUGCGUAAUUUUGAGAAGUCUUGGUGAAGACUGGGUGAAGAGCUGUCCCGGUUUUGUCAUUUUUUGUGUUUUAAUAAUCUGAUUGUUUCAAAUUUGGUUGUAAACACGCCUAGACCAUGUCGAAAACGGACCAGGUUUUAAUCAUAGAGCCUCAACAUGAGCUGAAGUUUGUAGGGUCAUUCAAAAGUCCGAUCACGUCAUAUAUAAAACUAACAAAUCCCUCAGAUAAAACAAUUGGUUUUAAAAUUAAAACAACAGCACCAAAGAAAUAUUGUGUUCGGCCAAAUUCUGGAGUUUUGGAACCGGAAGAAUUCACCAACAUUGCUGUGAGUCUUCAGGCACUUGACUUUGAUCAGUCAGAGAAAAAUAAACACAAAUUCAUGGUGCAGUCCAUUUUUGUACCUGAUCGAGACUAUAAUCUGGAAUCUUUGUGGAAGGAUGUUAAAGAGGAUGCUGUUAUGGGCACAAAGUUGAAAUGUGUGUUUGAAAGAAAGGAGAGUAACACAGUUGGCACAGGACCUGCUGUGGAAGCAUCAAGUGCUGUUCUUUCUAAUUCAGCACCAAGUCAUGAAGACAAGAACAAGAGGAUUGGUGAUUCGCCAAGCAUUCAUCAUCAAGACGGAGAACUACAAAAAGCUGCGAAAGAGGUAAAGCAACUACGGGAAGAUGAAAGCUCUUUGCGACAUGAAAACAUGAUGCUCAAGGAAGAGGUCUUGAGACUUCAACUCCUAUGCAAGUCAGAAGGCCACAGCCAGUCAGUCCCAAUGCGUUCAUCAAUGGCACAGCAAGCGGCACAGCCUGUUCAACCCGUGAUGGUUAUCAUUGCAAUUGUUGUUUGCAUGGUGGGCAUUGUCCUUGGCAAAUUUAUCCUUUGAUUGCAUGUACUUAAUGCAGCUUCAAAUUUGCUGAUAUGGAAUUUAUUCUCGGCAACAGUAUGUGUAUCCCUUCCCUCCAUCUCUCUCUCUCUCUUGUUGCCUUAGUCAUGUCUCCAUUCCACAUAAAAUUUAAUGUUAGUGGAUAAAUUCUAAUUCCCAUACAAGAGCUUUGGUUGUACUCCCUCUCUACCCUCUCUAUAUCAGUGAAUCCCUGAAGUGUUAUUGUAGGAAAAGUGGUUUGCCUUUGCACUCAUUUCUUAAAAAGCAUUUUGCCCCUCCCCCUUUUUUUUUUAAAUAAAAGAAAUAUAAAAUUUUUACCUAUUUCAAUUGACCCUCAAAUUUGCCAGGCUUAAGGUGUAAGAUGCAGUUGUGAAUAGAUAAAAUAUAGGUUGUUCCAUAUUAUCUGACCAUUUGAUGGUUGUUUAUGGACUCUGCUAUACGUUAUAUAUCCAACACUAUGGCCACAUCUGGUAAUUUGGAUCAUAUUUUGCUUAAUUCUGAGCCUAGUUUAGUGGUUGAAUGAAGAGAGUUUCUCUCCAGUUACAAUGUGCUUGUAAUAUUCCUUCCAAGUGCAGGCUCCUCUGAAGCUUAUUAAAUCAGUUACUGUUUUUAACCCACCAGGGGCGCUUCAAUUUUGUUUCAUCUUAAAUCUCUUGUGUUAUCUAUUCACCUGCUUCUCAUUUUUCAUUGACUUAUAAGUGAUAUUUAUAUUUUGAGGUGUAAUAUCUUUUUGGUGUUUGUGUAUGUGUGUGUUUGUGUGUGUGUGUGAGUAUGCGCGCGCGAGUAUCAUUAGCUUUCAAACUGCCCUCCGCCUAUAGUUCUCAAAAGUUCUUUUAAAUGUGAGUUUGUAUCACAUUGGGAAUCCUAGCUACUUUUCAGAAAAUGAAUGAAAUUGUUGUCUCCUAUGGACAGCUUAUUCUGACUUGUCGUUUAUAUAGGCUGUGACACAUCAAGAUUGCGCUAGUUGUUAACAUUAUUUAUUUACCUUGUGUUGCAAAGCUCAAUGCUUACUCCUGUAUUUUGUUUCCUUUAUUGUCAGGUCUCCCAGUAAGAGGUAAUGAUAAUAAGCAAUUCCUUCAGUCUAGCUUUGUUUAAUUCUUGUUUGUGCUCUGCUUUUACAAAUUUCUUAUCACUGAGAUCAGAUAAGUUCGGAUUUAGUAGGAAAGAAGUCAAAGAUCUUUUGUUCAUGUUUUCCUAUAGGUUUUACUUGUUUUUAGUGGGUGAUAAGAUUUCAACUGUCACAUUUUGCAUAAAUUUUCCAGCAGCAUAGAAAAAUGCAUUUUUUCACUUCUCUAUAGAGGAACCUGCACUGUCCUUUUUAGCAAACCAGAUGUAUCCUCUGUGUUUGAUUGUGUAUAACAUAUUUUGGAGAGCUUUAACUUAUAAAAUGAGUUUGUUACUACAGUGUAUUUUGGUCAUCUUAUUCUUAUGCCUUUACCAUUCUCCUGUCUGUGUGACAUUUUAUUCUUUUAAAAUUUCUAUGAGUAGUCAUUUCUAAGUUCAGAUAGUUGUUUGCUGAGGGGAUUGAUAUCACUUUUUCAUUAAGUUGUGGCUUUAGCUGAUUAUCUCCAAAUAAAUGUUAACAGCAAACAUUUCUGUGAUUCCCUCUUCAUCAUUUUAAAGAGACAAGUGGCACUACAUGGUGUGUUUUAGCGCUCUGCUCAAACCAUUGAUAAUGCUUUCAAUAUCUGUCCUCUUCGACACAUCUGAUUUUUAUUUGUUGACUUCAUUAAAAAGUUCAGAAAGAAAGCUUCUCAGAUGUGACAUGUGACUGUCCUGUUUUAAAUAUUAUCAUUUAUGUUUUGCUUUAAUUUUGGAACUACUUAAGCUUCUGUUUUCUGUGGGUUUCACCAAGCUCUUAGGGAUGUUUACAAUCACUUCUUAGACUAAAGAUUUGGAGACCGUUUAUUUUCUAAUAAUAAUUAAAGUUUUCGACCAUCUAGAUUUCAUUUAUACUAUGAUUUGAUUUUCUGUCACCCUAAAUAUUAACUGUGAGACUGGAGAAGAAAUCCAUUUGUUUAUAAAAUACAUUGGAACAUCCUGAUAUAAAAGAGUCCAGAUUAGAUGUAAAAAUGUAAAUUUAGUCAAUAAUGGCACGUUUUGUAAAUAAUUUUUGUGUGUUUAGGCUGAUACUACCAACAAUUACCAUUUUGAGCAAAAUGAAAUAAAAAAUGUUUCUGGUCUAUGAAUUUAUGUAUAAAGUUACAUGUCUUUGGUUAUAAGUAUAAAUGCUGUACUUCUAUAUUUGUGAAGGACGUCUGUUUUCCUUGGGUUAUUUUAAAAGAGAAAGCAGGAAAUAUGUUGAUGUUGGUUGCAAUCUUCAGGCAAACUUUCAAGCCUGUUCAUGGUUGAAGAUUGCUUUAGUUAAACAUGUUUUGAUUGAAGAAGAAAGGUCGCCUUUUUGUAAGAA